UCCCUGCCCACCCCGGCAGGUCAGCGGCGCUGCCUCCCAGGGCCCGCCCUGCGCACCUGGAGCCUCCACAGCCCGGCAGCAGCAGCGUGUGCCAGCACUCGGUGCCACCCUGCUGUCACCUCCCUUGCAGCCCGGCAGCAGCAGCGCGUGCCAGCUCUCGGUGCCACCCUGCUGUCACCUCCCUUGCAGCCCGGCGCUGGCAGAGAGAGGCUGCGCGAUGGCCGAGGGGGAGAUCACCACCUUCAGCGCCCUGACCGAGAAGUUCAACCUGCCCCCGGGCAACUACAAGAAGCCCAAGCUGCUGUACUGCAGCAACGGGGGACACUUCCUGCGCAUCCUGCCCGACGGCACCGUGGAUGGCACCAGGGACCGCAGCGACGAGCACAUCCAGCUCCAGCUGAGUGCAGAGAGCGUGGGGGUGGUGCACAUCAGGAGCACCCAGUCGGGGCAGUACCUGGCCAUGGACACCAACGGGCUGCUCUACGGCUCGGAAUUACUGGGUGAGGAGUGUCUGUUCCUGGAGAGGCUCGAGGAGAACCACUACAACACCUACGUCUCCAAAAUGCACGCGGACAAGAGCUGGUUUGUGGGGCUGAAGAAGAACGGGAACAGCAAGCUGGGCCCGCGGACUCACUACGGCCAGAAGGCGAUCCUCUUCCUGCCCCUGCCCGUCUCGGCCGACUGAGCCCGGCCCCGAGCCCAGGGACGACCCCAAACCCCGAAACCCAACUGCUGCUGCCUCCUGGAGCUCAGCAGAGCUCCCAGCUUUAGGUCAAGGCUUUGCCAAAUCCAGCCAAAGCAGAGCCCCUUUGCUCUGCACCCAGCUUUGCAGAGAUGAGGGGACGAGUCCUAACACCCUCCUGAGGUCAUGGGGGCCCAUCUCCCCUGCCCUCAGCUCCGUGCCCGUGUGUGCCAUGACCCUCAGCUCCGUGCCCGUGUGUGCCAUGACCCUCAGCUCUGUGCCCGUGUGUGCCAUGACCCUCAGCCAUGUGUGCCAUGACCCUCAGCUCUGUGCCCGUGUGUGCCAUGACCCUCAGCUGUGGGUGCCACGUGUGCCAUGACCCUCAGCUGUGUGCCAUGUGUGCCAUGACCCUCAGCCAUGUGUGCCAUGACCCUCAGCUCUGUGCCCGUGUGUGCCAUGACCCUCAGCCAUGUGUGCCAUGACCCUCAGUUCUGUGCCCGUGUGUGCCAUGACCCUCAGCUGUGUGCCAUGUAUACCAUGACCCUCAGCCAUGUGCCCAUGUGUGCCAUGACCACGCUGCAGCUCCCAGGACCUGCCCUGGGCAGGCACCCAGAGAUGUGCCCGAGGGUCAUGCCAGUUCCCAGAGAAGCUCACACUUUGUGUCCCCAGGCAUCCUAAGGCAAAGCCUCCCUGGCUACUGUCUGUUCAUAUAUUUGUCCAUCCAGGUGUGUAGCUUCUGACCUGCCCUCGAGCAGUUCCAGACUGCACCAUCAGUCCCCUUAUCCAGGCCAGCCUGGUAGGUGCCAGCUGGGCAUGCUGAGCUGAGCUAGGCAAAGCUCCAGCCUCAGACCUUAUCUCCCUCACAACAUCAAUAGUGUGUAUUUCAUGCUAGUACCUGCCAUGUGUUAUUUGUAUUUAUUUAUUAAGUAAAUAUGUCUCUUCUACAAGCUGUCCAGAAGUCAUUCCAGGCACCCUGAGGCUGUCCCAGUGAGGAUGGGGCAGUGGCAGUGACUGUGUGAGGGUGUGAUGUACAACAGCAAGGGGCUGCACGAGGGGGCAGAGCAUCCAUUCCCAGGGGAUUCCUCCCACUGCCUCUGUGUCUGGCCAAAUGGGGCUCUGAAAACAGCACUGAGGCCCCUUGGUGGCUCUCAAACCCCCUGAGAUGCUGAGUUUCUCCAUUGCUGGCACAAUGCACAUCUCCCAGGCAGCUCAAGAGCCACUCCUGCCAGCUGAGAACAUCACCAGAGCACCACGCUGCCAUGCUCCACCCAGAGCAUCCACAACUCCUCUGGAAAACCUGUGCCAGGGCCUCACCACCCUCACAGGGAAGAAUUUCUCUUUAAUAUCAAAUCUAAAUCUACCACCCUUCACCUUAAAGCAUUCCCCCCUUGUCCUGUCCUGCUAUCAAGGACAGGGAGAAGACACAAACAACAAACCUGAUCAGCCACCCCACAUGGAGGAAGGAAUAAAAGGCUCCUUGCACAUUUCUGCAGCAGCAAUUAGCCACUAAUUGCUGAGCUUUACAAUUGCUCUGCUACUUACUGCACUCCUGAACUUCUGCACUUGCUGCACAAACCUUCUCCCCAGCACUGAUAGCAUCUCUGUAAUCCAGGGCUGCCAGGCAAACAGGAGCUGGCACGGGAGUGCUGGAGCCAUAGCUGGGAAGGAGCCUGUGCCAGGUCCUUGCACCCUCCCUACAGCCUUGUAGAGCUGCUUCCCUCCCACCUCUGGGAUCCACAAGGAAAUAGAGGGGGAAGGGGGAUCCUGCUAAUCCUGCAGGUCCCAGCUGCUCCCCUUGGCCAAGAGAGGCACCCAGCCGCUGCCUGGCUGAGCUGCUCUGCUGGGCACGGCGUGAUAUUGCCAUGGCAAACACAAAGCUGGGCAAGACAGGGGGAGGACGACUGCCAGCAACACCCACGCUUCUUAAACCCAGCAGUCACCUUCCCUGGGAGAGGCUGAGCUGUCACUCAAGUCAAAAAAGUGAAUUAAGGCAUGAGCAGGAGGUCCAGGUUUCUAAUUAAACUGGAAAGUUGGACCGUG